CCUUUUGGGUCAUUACAAAACAGUUGAUGGAGAUAAUCAUACCAGUUGUUGAUAGUAAACAUUUUAGUUCUGAAUAUUCGCAGCUUCAGAAUGAGUUUCGAUACAUUUAAAAUAGUAAUUUGCCUAAUAGUGUUAGAUGUUUUUGUGCAAGGGUCGGAGAAAAAGGGCGUGGUGCAUUGGGCUGAUAGUUAUAUGUGUGACGAUUUUAAGGCAUUAGAUAAUAUGACUUGGUGGCACGACUUUAGGAUGAAUCUGAAUUAUUUCCAUGACAACAAAAUUUGUUUAUCAACCAUCGACAGUUACAAGAAAACGCAUGUUCCUAUGGUAUGGGGGUACUGGAGUAAAACGAAGAUUAAUAUCGACAAUGACGCGCAAUAUAUCCUAGGUUUUAACGAGCCUAAUCACAAAAAACAGUCAAAUAUGACACCGGAAAAAGCUGCUGCCGCCUGGCGGGAAGUAGAAAAGUAUUCUAAGGGGAAACCACUCGUAAGUCCAUCAGCAGCCGUGUGUGGCAAUGAAUGUCAAAGCGACGAAAUAGAAUGGUUCGACAAGUUUUUUGCACUUUGCAAAGGGUGCCGAAUAGACUACCUAUCCACCCAUACAUACUGGUGCAAUCCUGACAAAGUGAUGAAAUACUUGGAGAUGCUGUACAAAAAAUACGGACGGAAGAUUUGGCUUACCGAAUUCGCGUGCAGCAAAACAUUAAAUCCAUCGAGGCAACUAAUGUUCAUGAAACAAAUCUUACCACAACUGGAAGCUGCUGACUACAUUUUCAGAUAUUCCUGGUAUUCAGCACGAAUUACAAAAUCAGGAUUUGUAACGACAUCCGCAAGCCUGCUCAAGCCAGAUAGUUCUUCACUAACAAUCCUGGGUCAAUGGUACAACGAAUUCCAAGGCGUAAAGGAUAAUGUUAGCACUACCGCACCAGAGAGGGUAACUACUUCAUCGCCAAGGAAGGUAACUACUACGCCAAGCAGUAGUGAAGACACUAGUACAGUUGGCAGAGAGGAAACAUUGCUUAUACUGCAGUCGUAUACGUCAAAUCCAACUAAGUGGAGGAAGAUUAUCAAAUACAUGAAAAGAAACUCAAACAAAUUACGCGAGUCUGUACAAACGUUUUACAAUACAUCCUCAAAAAAGACACUCAAGAAAAGAAUCAAAAAGAGGUUUAAGGAGAUUAUAUGCACCGAUGUUGACACAAUACAGGAUAGUGAAAUCAGGGAACUGGUUGAGAAAAUCCAAAAGAUGCCAGAAGGAGAGAAGAAAAAGAAUGAUGGAAGACUUCGCGUACCGAAAUGUUAGACUGACACAAGGCUACAAGCAUUGUCGUAGUGUUGAAAUGUCGCACGGAAAUCGCAAAUUGUGUUAUUAUAUGAUGUUUUCGUUAUCAUUUAAAAUAAUGUAAAACAACAAUUUUAACACCCCCAGACGGUUAUUUCAGCCAAUUCAGUGUUAAUUGCAAAUGCAGAAUCUGAUUAAAAUGAAGUAAUUUCUUCGCUUUGACUAUCCUGUUGCUUAUUUAAGGGAUGUUUUACUUCCAAAGUUCCCAUUACGUUACAUGGACAGGCUUUGAGUCCGCUUUUAUUUUGCUUGUUUGCAUUCUACGCUUCCAAAGUAUAUUCUUACAGAUUUAUUAAAUAUCACAACAGAAAUAUCAUAGUGCCAUGCGGUGGCCACAAAAUAUAUCCCUUAGCUUUGUCCUUUUGGGAUCAUGGAGUCAAUUUAAUAUUUGUCUGAUAGAAUCGCUGAGUGUGGGAAAGGGUAAGGGCGAAGGGAGUUGUUCUUUACCUUUCAUUGACAAAGUCAAUCAAACCGAGCCUUCUGUUAUUUCGUUUGAUUGCAUUCUUGGCUGAUAAAUGAUCUUUUUACACAUUUUAUUAUGAACAUUAUAGGUAAAUACGAUUUGUUGAAUGUUUAACAAGAUGAACACCUCGAAAAUUGAUGAAAUCAUUGGGGGAAAUAUUUAAUUUGGUAUUAUCGGAUCCGUUUCCAUGUCAAAAAUGUUAAUACUUGUAAAAAGAAAUUAUUUUAAAGCUUACUUGAGGUUACACAUGAAGGGAAUAAGUGGACUAAAAGACUAAGUUUACAAAUGUACCUAAAAUCAACAAAAACUGUGAUAUUUAUCAGGCUUCUAUUCAAAACGGGACAAAGAUCCUGAAAGAAUAGUCACGAAGAGCUCCCUCUACGUCUUGAUAGUUUACGAGAAUAUAUUUAUCAAACUCAUUCGGCCUCCUCCUUUAAAGUCAUUUGAAGCGUUUGGAAAUAAAAUAUUUGUGUUUUAUAUUGUCCAUUUUCUGUAUAAUAAAUUGUAUAAAGGUGCUUUUUCGGACGAUAGUUUUGUUAAGUAAUACGUAUACGUUUGUGUCUUAUAAACUUAUCUAGGUAGAGAGAGUAAUGAAAAAUGUUAACGUUUUAUAAUGUUUGAUUUUGAAUUGUUUUAUCAAAUACAGUAAAACAUUUUCACAUCUAUUAA